AUGAGGUGCCUUCUAUUGGUUUUGUUUUGCAUAACGGUGAUCAACUGCGAAUAUGCAUCUGUGAACAGGUUCAAAAGAAUGUCAGCUGCAGAGAGGUGCAAUGCACCCAUGCAUGUAUCAAAUGUUGUUGAUAUGUUGUGCAUGCGUGCCACCAGGAGAUAUACUUACAAUGAAGAGAAGAAUAUAUGCGAAUCGUUCGCCUACGGUGGGUGCGGUGGAUCUCCAAACAUCUUCAAAACACUUGAGGAAUGCCGGAAAAAAUGCGUUAAACGCUGA